AUAAUGCAGUUUAAAUUUUAAAGUGUGUUCUGCAUUCAUUUUUCAGUGCCAAUUAUUAAAUAUUUUAUUAUUAAACAAAACCCUCAACCUCCUCCAAAACCUUCUACCCCAGUUCCCAAAGGGUAUGAGAUGGUAAGAUACGACUCCAGACCACAGCAGGAAAGAAGAACUGCCCCCUCAGAUUUUGGUGUCAAAGAGAAAGCCCUAAUCUCACUACCCUAAGUGCAUCUGAGCCUUCAUCUCUUGAAAAUUAAUUAUCCACUAUUUUAGAUGCUGUAAUUUCUCCUCUUGCACUCAGUGUUGAUCAGUAAAUAAAAAAAAAAGAGUAUGCAUUUACAUUGCACAGAAUUCAGUUACAAACCUCAUGUUACAUUAAGUCAGACAUUUUAACAAAUAUCAUAAUAUUGUUUUUUGACUUAUUUUAGAAAUGUUCCAAAGGAAAAUGCAGCUGCCCCUCUACCUGCUCCUGCUAGUGGCCUGGAUUCCAAAAGCUAUUUUCUGCCAAGAGCAAUCUGAUACUGAAGAGCAGAGUACUCAGGCUAACCAUGAACUGACCUACCACAAAAUAAGGCCAGCAAAUUCAGAAUUUGCUGGAAGAUUGUUAAAGUUCUUAGUUUCUGAAAAUCCUCACAAGAAUGUCUUCUUCUCUCCCUUGAGCAUUUCCACUGCCUUUGCCAUGCUCUCCCUGGGGGCUAAAACAUCAACCCUAACUAAUCUUUUGGAAGGGCUGGGUUUUAAUCUCACAGAGCUUCAAGAAAGGGAGAUCCACAAAGGUUUCCGAGAUCUUGUCUACCUACUGAACACAACAGAAGGCAACAUUCAACUGGAAAGUGGCAAUGGCCUCUUCAUUGAUAAUCAGCUAGAACCACUCCAAGAAUUCUUAGAUGAUGUCAAGAACUUGUAUGGAGCUGAAGUAUUUGCUGCAAACUUCAAAGAUUCUGAAGAUGCUAAGAAGCAAAUUAAUGAUUAUGUUGAUAAGAAAACACAUGGAAAAAUUCCAGAAUUACUCAAGAGUCUAGACCCCAGCACAGUAAUGUUUCUCAUAAACUACAUUUUUUUUAAGGGAAAUUGGAAAACCUCUUUUAAUCCCACCCUUACUGAGAUGCAGAAUUUUUAUGUGGAUAAGAACACAACAAUACAAGUGCCAAUGAUGAUGAAAAAGGAAAGAUUGUACUACAGCCGUGAGGAUGAAUUGUUCUCUUCAAUGGUUGUCCUGCCCUAUGAGGGGAAUGUCUGGUUAAUUUUAAUUCUACCAGAUGAAGGCAAAUUAGAGCAGGCAUUGGAUUCUAUAAUCACUAAAGGAGGAAUAACAUGUUCUAGAUUUACCAAAAAAAGGAAGGUGAAUGUUUAUCUGCCCAGGAUCUCAAUCUCCACCACUUAUAAUCUUGAAGAAAUGCUUCCCAAAAUUGGCUUACGAGAUGUGUUCACUAAUGACGCAGACCUCUCUGGCAUCUCCACACAAUUCAAACUACGAGUUUCCAAGGUAUUACAUAAGGCGGCAUUUGAAGUGAAUGAAAAUGGCACUGUGGCAGCUGCUGCCACAGGCAUAGGAAUCCAGCGUUACAUAGCCUUUCAACCUAUCAUCAUGAAAUUCAACAGGCCCUUCAUUGUAUCCCUUAUGGAUACAAACAUUCACCAGCACUUAUUUGUGGGGAAAAUUGUCAAUCCCACAGCCAAAUAUUGAUGGAUUAAAGUUAGCUAUGACUCAGAAGCUACUGUUGCAAUAAAUAAAAAUAAUAACUACAAACCAA